CUUCUUCUUCUCUAUUUUCGAUUUUCCAUUUUUUUUUUGGGUUUGUUCUUCCCUUUUUAAUUUUGAUUUUUGUUGAAUUGAUUUAUUUAUUUAUAAUCAUUUCUUCUAACUACCUAUGAUUUUCUAGGGUUUCCUUUCGAUUCUAUCCUUUUCCCCCUUUUUUUAAGGGGAAAUUUAACUUUUCAUUGUUUUUUUGAUGUUUUGUGUUGAGUUUGAUCAUCAUCAAUUUCGGAUUUGGAGGCUGGAUUUGGUUAAUUAAUUUCCAAUUUUGGAAAAUUUGAUUAGGUUUUGUGAUCUAUUGUUACUGAUUGAUUGAUUCUGGGUUUGAGAUUUGAUUGUUGGAGUUAAGAGCUGAGUGAUCGUAGUUUAAUUUUUGGUGGAAAUUGAUAAAUUGGGGGUUGAUUUUUGUAUGAAAGAGGAAAGAGUGAAUUUAUGUUCGAGAGAAGAGAUCAUGGCAGCAGGUGCUGAAUUUUCACCAACAUUUACAAUUAUAGAAACAAGUUAUAAUAAAGAAAAUAAUGCAUCCAAAAUCAAGGAUGAUGAGUGCUUGGAUGAUCUCAAGCAAACUACCAACGCUAAGCCUCCUAGGCACAUCUCUGUCGUGCGCCAUUCCAUGAGCUCUAUCACUCUUUCCCCGCCUGCCGCCCUCGAGACGGACUCGGAUGAUGGGUCUGUUUGCAGUAAAACACCUUCCGAUGAAAAACCUGGGUUUCUCCCUGUAUAUCGCUCUGGAAGCUGUGCUGAAAUAGGGCCAAAGCAAUACAUGGAAGAUGAGCAUGUUUGUAUUGAUAAUCUCCGCGAACAUCUAGGUGCAUCUGAUGAUUUUCCUUGUCCUGCAGCAUUCUAUGGGGUAUUUGAUGGUCAUGGUGGAACAGAUGCAGCUUCCUUUGUUUGUAGCAACCUUCUCAAGUAUAUAAUUGAUGAUCCACAGUUUUCAGUUUCUGUGGAGAAGGCUGUUAAGAGUGCCUUCAUUAAAGCUGAUUAUGCGUUUGCUGAUUCUAGUGCUCUUGACAUUUCUUCUGGCACCACUGCCCUGACUGCCCUAAUUUUCGGAAGGACGAUGCUAAUCGCUAAUGCUGGUGAUUGUCGUGCUGUGUUGGGAAAACGAGGUAGGGCAGUUGAGCUAUCUAAAGACCACAAACCAAAUUGCUCAUCAGAAAGACUUAGGAUUGAGAGACUUGGCGGUGUAGUAUAUGAUGGCUACCUCAAUGGCCAGUUAUCUGUAGCGCGUGCUCUUGGAGAUUGGCAUAUGAAGGGCACGAAAGGUUCCUCUUUCCCCUUAAGUGCAGAGCCUGAAUUGCAGGAACUGGUCUUGACUGAAGAUGAUGAAUUCCUUUUAUUGGCCUGUGAUGGCCUUUGGGAUGUGAUGAGCAGCCAGUGCGCUGUAACAAUUGCUCGGAGAGAACUCAUGCUUCAUAAUGAUCCUGAAAGGUGUUCUAGAGAACUUGUCAGAGAGGCACUCAAGCGCAACACGUGUGACAAUUUAACUGUUGUGGUUAUUUGUUUUUCGGCAGAUCCUCCUAGAAUUGAAAUACCUCCCACUAGACGGAGAAGUAUAUCAGCUGAAGGGCUGAAUCUAUUGAAGGGUGUAUUGGAUGGUGUCUCUUGAGUUUUUGGGUAGAAAUUGUGAAAUCUUUACACAAAGAAUGGAGGCUGCUUUUUAUUUGAAGCAAUUAUAAACUGUGAAAUGGAUUUAGGCCUGUCUAUUAAGAAGCAGGUGCAAAGAACUAAGGAUAUGCAGCUAUACAAGCUGACGGAGGGCUGUUGAGGCAGGGCAGAGUGCUUGGGAAUCUGGGAAUGUUGUAGAUGGGCCUAUUAUGAGGAUGAAUUGUGUUUCAAUUCAUUUAGAAUCAUAGUUAUGUAGGAUGUAAUUAUUCGGCGAUCAUUUUUUUGUGCACCAGGAAAUAGUAGCAAGAGUUUAUUUAUGUUGUACGACCAGGAUAAUUGUUUAGUGCUUGUAGUUGAAUAGAAACAUUAUUUCUUUUGCCCCCAUUAAUGUACGCAGCAGCUGGAUUGGGGGGUAUAUCACUUGUUUACUACUCUCUUUGUACGAAAAUUGCUGUUACAUUCUCGUUCAACCCAUUGAAAUUAAGAAUAUAACAUGAUUUUCAGAUUGA